AAACCGACCAACAGCUUGUUUGGAUGUCGAUCAGCUGGGACAAUAACAACAAAAACGGCAGAAAACUGGGUCGCGAGGACACUUUUACAGAUCGGCCGCGCCCAGUGGACACUGCAAAUGCCAGUAGGUGUUGGUCCUCUUUCACAGCACGGCAUCGCAGCGCGCCCAGAGUCCAGUGAGGACCACCAUGUCAGAAACUCUGAUAACAGGGCAGACGUCGGAGGAUCUGCUGGCGGAUUUUGAGACGCUGCUGAACUCUGGGACCAUAGAUCUGGGUGAGGAGCACCAGAUAGUGAUCAUCACCAGCCCCGGCAACGAGGGGCUCCACCCGGCUGUCGCCCCGACCAGCACAGGGGAGAUUCUGCUCUUUGCCACGCCGCAGGGCCCUGCUGAUGUAGGGAUCCAGGACAAGAGGCGGCCGGUUCUGGGGAGACCUCCGGUAAAGAGGAAGUUGGAUCUCGACAGCGACCAUCAGUAUGUCAGCACCACACGACCAGCCACAGGCCAAGUCCCGCCCUCCACACCUGCUCCUCCUAGAGUUCCUCGAAGCUCGACGGAGAAGUCCCGAUACGACACGUCCCUAAACCUGACCACCAAGCGCUUCCUGAACCUGCUGUCGCAGUCGGCCGACGGCGUGGUGGACCUGAACUGGGCCUCCCAGGUCCUGGAUGUCCAGAAGAGACGCAUCUAUGACAUCACUAACGUCCUGGAGGGAAUCCAGCUCAUCUCCAAGAAGUCCAAGAACAACAUCCAGUGGCUUGGCAACCGUAUGGAUGCCAGCCUGGUGUCCCGGCACAAGGAGCUGCAGAGGGAGGUGUGUGAUCUGACUGAGGCCGAGGAGCAGCUGGACGAACUCAUCUCUAAAUGCACCCUGCAACUGCGGCUGCUCACAGAGGAACCACAGAACAAGAAGCUGGGCUACGUGCGCUGUCAGGACCUGCGGCAGUCAUUCGACUCCCCAGACCAGCUAGUCAUGGUGGUCAGAGCUCCUCCAGAGACCCAGAUGCAAGUCACAGAGCCCAGCGAGGGCUACCAGGUGUCGCUCAGGAGCACGCAGGGUCCCAUAGACGUCUUCCUUUGUCCAGAGGACAGCUCUGGCGUGUGCAGCCCCGUGACAGGAGGCAGCCCGUCUCAAAGCACCUCUGACCCCUCCCACGCCCCACUCCCCACCCCACCCGCCGAGCCACCGCCACCUUCGGCCCGUAGCGGAGCAGCAGCGCUGGACGAUGGCGUGUCUUCUCCAGCGUCCACCUUGUCCACGGUAACGGCGGCCUCCCAGCAGGAGGCUUCGCCGCUGGUGCUGGGUGGGGAUGCAGAAUCUCUCCUGGGGGGAGACCUGUUCUCCAGCCUGGGGGACAUCGACCACUUCGACCUGUCACCUCUCUCGUCCUCGGACCUCCUGAAUGGAGAAGGCCUUCCUCUCCCGUUGGACAGUUUCAUCAACCUGUCCCCUCCCUACAGACACGACUACCAUUUUGGACUGGAGGACCAUGAAGGAAUCAGCGAACUGUUUGACUGUGACUUUGACGAUUUGUCGCACGUUUUGGGCGACGGGUAGAUGGAGAAAAAGACGACUUGAAUCGUUCACAAUGUAGGACUUUACCUUUCCGCUGAAGGAGAGCUGUGAACCAAUAUUUCACAGUCCAAUCUUAGUUUUCCUUCCCUUUGGGCUCUGGGAAAUUGCCUAGUUAUGAAAUCUCAAAUUUGUCCUUAAUUGUAUAUACCAAUGUGAGCAAAUCUCUGUGGCUAUUUUUUAAAAUUUUGACCAGGAUUUCAGCUUUAGUAUGGCUAUUUAAAUUAUUUAUAUAAGUUUAUUUUGAUAUUUUGUACCACGUUGUUGAUUUUGGAUGAAUUAUCCAAGUAGACAUUGGGCAGAGGGGGAUUGGAGUUUGCAUGUGCAGCAACAUGGCGUCUAGGAUUGGUUUCUCUGAACACUGAUUCCAGAUGUCAAGAGGAGUUUUGAUCGUCAAGGGAGGAUUGACGGCCUGCUAUUAGAAAGCAUCCCGGAGGUUUUCAGAAUGAAAAUCAGCAGAAAAGCACAAGGUAAUUCCAACAUUGGAAGAUUCUCCAAUCACUGGAAUUCUUCAAAACCAGAUCAUGUCGUGUCUAUAAGGAGAUGUUUUCAAAGCCAGAGCCCUGAUGGGAUUUUUAUCCACUUUUAAUGAAGUAUUCUUCUCUGAUUACAUUGUAAGAAUCAUCUUUCUUAGAAUUUACCAGUUCUGAGGACUUCUCUAGAGGAGAAACAGUGUCGGUGUGUGGGGAAACCAAGCAGUGACAGAUGAGGAUUCAUUUCUGAGCAUCCUGAUAAAAAGAGGUUCAAAAAGACCCAAAACAAACCCAUCCUUUAUUCUUGUGGCAUAAUCUCAAAACUGAAAAUUUUAGAAAAACAAGAUCUUUAUUUUGUUAAGAAAUAAUUGCAUUCUAGUCAUUAAGAAGUCUGAAUUUCAGCAUGGCGACAGCCAUCCACUGCAUUAGCUCUGACAAAUAUUUUAAGCUUUACUUUCCAUAAACCCAGGUCCCUCUUGAAAAUGAGAUCUAGAUCUCAACGGGGUUUACCUGAUUAAAUAAAGGAAUGAUACAUAAAAAUAAUAAAUAAACACCACUUUAAAUUUCUUCAUUACAUCAUUACAGUCUCUACAUAUAACAUUGAUUAAGAUGCAUUCUUCCACCUGUGUUCUGUAAACAUCUUUCCAUCACAUCUCACUACUGUAGAUGUGAGGAGCGGCCAUAUUGAAAUGCAAAGUCCGCCUUAUAAGUUGUAACUAGAGGCAGUCGGAGUUGCUCAGUUUCCCCAGUGUGAAAUCCAACUUCAGAGGGCAAUCAGCUGGUUUUUCUGACUGAGAAGACAGAAUUUUCCAGUUUUGUGUGCGUCUGUAUUAGCAUUAGCCCACGGCUUUUCUAACAGAUUGAGGUCUGGCCAUUGAAAAGGCUCAUAUUGUGUCUGGUGAACCAUUCCCAUGUUGAUUGGACCUGAUGUUUGGGGUUAUUAUCAGAUUCUGACUGAUUUUCAGUUCACUGAAAAUCUGAUCUUUUUUUAUUCUUAAUACUCUGUUUUAUACUCUAACUACGUAUGUCCAUACUGUCAGGCCCACAGCGUCACAGACUCUACUAGACUUUUCUUUCUUGUGGAAAAGCUCCAUCUCUUGCACCUUUGAGAUCAUAUGCUGGUGUACUGUAGAUUCCCAGUCAUCACUGACAUGGCAGAAGGCGACUGGUCUUCUUCUGCUGUUUCACCUCUCAUUGAUAAAGCUUCAUUGAAAAAGCUUCUGAACAUUGUUGGUAGUAGCUGUCGUCAGAACUCUCACAACAAUAUGGUUGUUAAGGUUGUAGAUGUGGCAAUUAGGACACGAAUCACUAGCUACAUUUCCAUUUACCAUGUUGCACAAUUUGACAUUUAGAAAAUAAAUGUGCAAUUUCCAAUCUUGAAAAAACUUGGGUUUUUUUCAAAUGUUUUGGUGCUAGGAUGGCGCUAGGGUUUUUGGCCGUAUAAAAAUUGGUUUAAUUUGCAAAACUGCAACAGAAACACAACUUUGGCCUCACACCAUCCACGACCGGAUGCUGCCACUGGCGCAAACCACGAAGAAGAAGGAAGCAGUUGGAGGAUGAUGGCGCAUGAAUUAUUGUUCACGAGUGAUUUUUAAUUCCAUUUCUUAUUUAAAGAAAACACUGCAAUUGCAAAAUUGUAUUUUGUAGACUUCAGUGGAAUACCAACAAACUUUUACUCACUUUAAAAUGGAAAUGCAGCUACUGGUGCUUCCCCUCCACCCAGCUAAAUGUUUGGAUCGUUGUUGCUUUUGAGAUGAUGAUCUCAUUUUAUGAUUUCUAAAUGUAUUUACGCCUUGUGAUCAACUGUUUACCAACAUACUGAUAUUAUUCUUGUGUUGCACUUCAGGAGGUAGCAACAAACAACACAAUAAACUGUAAGCGGUAGAAUGCUAUGCUGGGGUCAGUGUUGACGUUUUGUAUCAGGUCAAAAGUGAAACCGGCCCAACCCAAUGAAGAUCGUUGAGCAGCAUAUGAUGACAUGCUGAUGAUGGUGUUCAGCACCUUUUCUUGCAUUUAAAGCACUGUGUACAUUUUAACAGUCUGUUUGAAGAAAGAGAGGAGAAACCCCCGUAGAGAUGUGACGCACACCAAUCAGACGAACCCUGAAGGCUAACACCGCCUCUUUGGCUCAGUAAUCCCAGCGGCAUGCUAUUAAAGCACACACAGGCUUGUUUGUGAUCUCUGCAGGUUGACUGAAUGUGAAAUGACAACAAGUUGCUCAGAGUUGCUCGUUUAUUGAACUAUGAUCUGAAAGGGGUUUCAGUCUCAUCAGACCAAACCAAAUGUUUCCAGAUUAAAUUCAAGUAGAAUUUUAGCAAACUUCAUAUCUCUUGUCAUAGUAGGACAUUUCUCCCAAACAGCUGGUUAAAUGGCGUAUAAUGGUUGUUAUGGCGACUGGUGACUCCAAGAUGACACAUUUUGCCCCUGUUUUCUGAACAGUGAGCUUUGGAGAUAUUUCUGCCCUUUUGGACCAUCCUUCUCACUGUGGGGCAUACUAGUGUCAAAACAUAAUGGGAAUGUAUGAAUUGAAAACAAUUGUGCUUCUAUAGAUUAUGUUAAAACAGCUACUUUUCCCUCUACAUAAUAAAUUCUCGAAAGUUAAAGGUAGGGUUCUUAAUUUUUUUAGAUGAGAUUAUGCUGCUGCAAAUAAAGAUUUAAGUAAGGUUUAUUUAUUUUUCUUUCUUUUUUUACCAGCGAUGCCAAGAAGUUUGUUUGCAUGUCUGCAGACUGCUGCGGCUUUGAGUAGCAGUUAAUCCUGAUCAGACUUACUUAGUCCUCACGGCAUUCAGCCACAGUCUCAGGUGUUUGGAGCAGAGUGAAGUCUUAACUCAAACAUGUGAACAGGUGUGUUUCAAGAAGGGUUUUGUGUAGGUUCUGGUGUGUUUUAUUUUCCUUUACAUGUUUAGCAGAAGAUUCAGAUGUUAGAUGUUCACCUGCUGGAAGACAUGGAGCUUUAAUCUCCAUCUCAAAGCUUACACAGUGGACUGUGGAUCACUCUGCAUUGCUGCAGGUGUUAGGAAAGAUUAGGUAGAAGUUUUAGAUUUGGGGAAAAAGGAAAGCAGAAACGAGGACGUCUUGUUUUUCAAUGCACUUCAGAUCGGCUCAGUAUUGAUCAUGCCUUAAAUCAGUUACCUAUCAGGUAGAAGGGAGUCAGUCGUCUUCAUCUUGACUGAAACCCUUCAUUCAUGUUUUUUUUCCGCUUCAAUUGCAUCAACCUGCAUCUUCAUAUUUGAUUACAAAGCUUGGAGGAACUGUCCGCUUUCAGGUUAGAUCAGCAAUAAGGCAUUUCCUCGAUAUAUCAGAUGUUUCUCAUGCAAUGUUGUACAUGCAAAAUCUUUGUCUUAAGUUAUGUAAGCUAACCAUUUUAUUUGAACUUUUUGCUUUCGUAAGCAUUGGACUUUGAUGUGUGUGGGUGUUUGUGUUUAUAUUUAUUUUUUGUUCUGGAAAAGGGUUUAGGAGGGAUUAAGGUACAGGUAAAUAGAGACUUUAUUUCAAAUAUUUUCCCCCAAUUGUGACAUUUUUGUAAAUCUCCACCUUGUUUUGUGCAUAUUUAUAACUGAAUGUUUUUCCCCGUCCUAUUUAAAUGAUAUACUGUAUUUCUCCACAUUUACCCACCUCCUCUGAGUGCCAUUUGAUUAUUUAAUGACUCCUAAACAAGGUAAAAAUGACUUUAGAAAGAUGGAAAGUUAUAUUUUCUUUAUCGAUAGACUUUUAUUACUUCAUGUUUGAAUUGUAAAAUUGGUUUGAAACAAAAAUAUUUGUCAUAAGUAGAAUUUCUAAUCUGAAAUUAGCCAUUUUUUCAGUUUCAUGCUUCAAACUCCUUUUAAAGUGUAAAAUCUUCAUAACUAAUCUCAUAUUUUAUCUUGAAAUCCAGUUUGUAACAUGGAACUAUUAGGAAUUUGUUUGCUUGGCCUUAAACUCUGAGCGGCAGCUGAACUGUAGAGUUGGCGGCGCCACCCUCUGUGUGACUCGUGUUUUUCUCAGCAGGACAUAGGCAGUGCCUUGGUGAGGUAAAGUGGUGAUUGUUGUGUGUUUGUGUUGUGGUGAAAGAACGUGUGGUGUGCAGGUGGUGUUGGAUAAAGUUUGCACCUUUUAAACUUUUUCAAAAAUUAAUUGUGUUGCAGUUGUAGAAAUCAGUGGCUUGCAUAAUGUGAAAGCGAUUAUAAAUGGCUUUUUAAAAAAAAAAAUGGGUCAGGGAUGUGACAGAUUAUUCGGGGAAUAGGACAUUCAAUCCGAUUUUUAUAACACUAUGCUAAAAUUUUAUUUUUUAUUUUUUGGCAAAGUCAGUUUGGGAUACAAAUGAGGACAAAAGAAGAACUAUUAUUAUUUCAGUGCUAUGCUAAUAAAUAUUGCUGUGUGCUAUGUUAUGGGAACCAGACUCACGCAACAGUGUACUCAUUGUUGCAUUUGUGUGCGCGUGCGUGUGUGUUGGUGCGUGUGUGUGUGUGUGUGUGUGUGCACGUGUGGGUGUGUGUGUGUGUGUUUCCAGAAUUACAGAUUAGUUUCAGUGCCCUUUUGUAUCAAAUUCUCCAUGUCAAUGUUUUUGACACAAAUAAAAGUUGACUAUUUUGAUCUGA